AUGAUCUCCGAUACCCGACUGAUGCAGCAAGAGGCUAGAUCCGCUGGAGCAGUACUUGUCGCCUCCGCGGGACCUUUUCACUCGCCGAGCGCCUCAGCUGAAGAGGAGAGUGUUAACGUACGGAAAGAGUGGCUGAAUCUGGAGCUUGUUCCGAGCCGGUCAAAGACAGUCCCACCGGGCCCGGUUGUUUCCCGCCAGACAGUUUUUCCCCACCAUGCCAACUACAAGCUGGAGAACCAUGAGGAGUGGGAGUUGGAAGAGUCGGACUGGGGCCAAAUUGCAAACAGGCAUGUGGUCGAGUUCUCGGCCUCUGAAGAUGAAGCACCAUUGAGUACACUUGUUGCCCGUCAAAACCAGCCAUCCGGCGUCGUUGCUGGUCAUAAGCAAAGGGUUGUGGGCAGGAGGUCGUUGGUCAGACAAGGGAGUGAGGGUGUUGAGAUCAAGCCUGUUGGACCCUGUUGGUCUCCUUCCUCUCAUCAUCUUGGCGCCGAGCAAAUGGUCACCCAGCCAGCCAAUGAUGUUCGCUGGGUCAAGGUGGAGGUUAGUGAUGGCUCGGAUGAAUGA